CCCCCUCUCCCCGGAACCUGGGCGGUGCCUGCGCCUGGGCCUCAUAAGCGUCUUUGUGGGCGGAACUUGCGCAGCCGCUGGGACCGCUUCAUCCUCAGCUUUUCUCCCCGGGCCAGCAGCGUCUCUGCGGACACGCACUUCCUGCGCGGCCUUGGUGAGCACCUUCUCCAAAUCCAGCGGAACCCAAAGCGAGCCCCGCCUUUCCGAGUUGUUCGCCAUGGUGGACGAGCUGGUACUGCUGCUGCAGGCUCUCCUGGUGAGGCACCGCGCUCUGAGCAUCGAGAACAACCAGCUCAUGGAACAGCUGCGCCUGCUGGUGUGCGAGAGGGCCACCCUGCUGCGCCAGGUACGUCCGCCCAGCUGCCCGGUGCCCUUCCCCAGCACGUUUGACGGCGAGACCUCCCGUCUCCCCGAGUUUAUCGUGCAGACGACAUCUUACAUGCUUGUCAACGAGAACCGAUUCUGCAACGACGCCAUGAAAGUGGCAUUCCUAAUCAGCCUGCUCACUGGGGAAGCUGAGGAGUGGGUGGUGCCCUACAUCGAGAUGGAUAGCCCCCUCCUAAGCGAUUACCGGGCCUUCCUCGAGGAGUUCAAACAGUGUUUUGGCUGGGAUGAGGAAGAAGACGACGAUGAGGACGAAGUAGAUAAUUACUAGGCCCUGAGACCCUAGGGGCCUGGGGGUGGUGCGGCGCCUGCAAGCCACCCCCCAUCUUCCUCCGCCCCUCCCUGAGCCGCCCUGCUCCCCCUAGCCCUCCCUUCUCCUCUAUCCUUGCUCUCCGCUUCCCUCCCUUAUCUCCUUAGUGUUUGUCUUUGUUCCAAGAAUUGUGCUCCACUUUCCUGCUGCUGGGGCUGGGAGUUAUCUCUGAAGCAUGCUGCCACCCAUUGUGGCCUGCCCCAGGAUGCACCCCUGCUAAUUUGGACUGUGUCCUGAGCCCAGCUAUCCCGCAAAUCCCUGUUACAAACUGAUCUGUGCACAGCCCUGCCAACUGCCAGCCCUGCAUCUGCCUAGAGACCUACGCUGUCACUACACCACCAUCCACUACAUUCCAGCAACAGACCACCACCGCCUUUGGAGAUAAGGAGCAGCCUAGAAGAUGCCUGAGUCGGCUACACCUCCUUGGACAUUGAUUUGGACAUCUCACCAACCCCUGAAGGGGCCAGUCUUUCAACCUGGUUAGUUCAUUUCCAGAGUCCUCCCCUCCCCCACCAGAUUGCUGCUGGAGUCUACUGUGCCUGGCAGCCAAAUUGUUGACAUUUCUUUUCUCCUAUGCGCCAGUUCUGCAUAGCUGUCAUUUUCCUUUAAAAAUUGCAGUAGUCCCACAGAUGUGUGCAUUUGGACAAAAAUACUAAAAACAAAACAGGCACUCGGCCCAGCUUUCAAAACUACCUGGAAAAAGCACUUGCGUUCUCAAUAAAUAUCAAGCACUACAGAAAAAAA